UGGUGAACAUCAAUCAUGAUCAAUCAUCAAUCAGCUGUAAAUAAUAUGGCGACGAUUGACAUUGCAAGUAACAAUAAUCGUGUAAAGUAACGAGUGCCGAGGAUAAUCUUCGGUAUCGUUACGACGAUACCUGAAGUUCCGGUUGACGCAGGUACCCCACAGCUAUGGGUUGAAUAAAGAAAAACGAGCAUAAAUACAUAGAAGAUACAUAAUUCACUAUGCAACAGCCACAUAUGUUUUUGAAGAUUAAAAUAUAUUUAAAAUUAGAACAAUUGAACACUUUUCUGCUUGGAUACUGGAUCUAGUACUGCUAAAAAUUAUACUAAUAUGAGUAACAUUACAUCACAGAAGUUUCCAUUACAAUCAGUUCUGAAACUCAACAGCAAUGACUUCAAGGAAUUUAUUUGCGGUUGGGGGGCUGCUGUCAUCAAUGUCACUGUUACUUUUCCGAUUAAUAAAGUCAUAUUCAGACAGAUUUUGGAAGGAAUACCAGUGGGUGCUGCAGUUGGACAGAUAUCACGAGAGGGAAUACGAUUGCUGUAUCGUGGAAUUUUGCCACCUCUGUGCCAGAAGACUUUGUCUUUGAGCCUAAUGUUCAGUGUAUAUGAAGGAAGCAAGCAAAGGAUCUAUCUGUUAACUGGAAGCGAUGUACUGGGUAAGGUACUGGCAGCGAAUAUAGCUGGUACGUCGGAAGCUCUUCUGAUGCCCCUUGAAAGAGUGCAAACAUUGUUGCAAGAUUGGCGAUAUCAUGGGAAGUUCAAGAACACGUCCCAUGCAUUCAGAUAUCUGUUGGCGAAUCACGGAAUAACUGAGUGUUAUCGUGGCAUGGUUCCUAUUAUAUACAGAAAUGGCUUGUCCAAUCUGAUGUUCUUUACAUUACGCGAUCAAUCAAAGAUAUUGAUGGGUGAGCAUGAAUCGCUGCUGACGAAUUUCGUUUGCGGUGCCUUGAUCGGUGGCUUUACCAGCACAAUAUUUUAUCCAAUGAACGUGAUCAAGAUACACAUGCAGACAAAGAUAGGCGGCAAUUUUGAGAAAUUUCUGGCUGUGACUCGCGAAGUAUACAUCUCCAGAAAUCAAAGUAUAACUUCUUUUUACAAGGGUGUGCACUUGAAUUAUAUGAGAUCCUUUAUUAGUUGGGGUGUGAUAAACGCGGCGUAUGAUUUCUUGAAAAGCAUUCUUUUUUAAAUUUUUUAAUAGGGAUUUAUUUAAGACUUGCGUUUAAUACUCUGUUGUAUAUACUAGGUAUUUUAGAUGAUAAUAGGAAAUUGUAUUUUUUAUAAGUGAUGAAUAUUGCAAUCGCACAUUCUUCCUGUUAUAAAUAUGCAGGAUUGCACAUAGGAAAAAAAUGUAUUGUGUAUAAAAGCAUAUAUAUACAUAUAGCUUUAUAUAU